CAAAAACAUCCAUAUGAACACAUUACAAACUUCAAUUUUUGUAUAAACCCAGAAAUCCUUUAGAUGCUUUCACAUUUCUCGACUCCUCAUCUUCUCCAAAUUCUCCAUCGAUGUCCUUCACAAACAGUUCGUUAAUGGGGUUUCUGCUAUUACUCUCUUUCUCUCUCAUCGUUUCUCUGUCAUCUGGAGCCGACACAAUCACUGCAAAUCAAUCUAUUUCCGGCGAUCAAACAAUCAGCUCGAAAGAUGAAAAUUUUGAAUUGGGGUUCUUCAAAGCAGGUAAUUCUUCAAACUAUUACAUAGGUAUAUGGUACAAAAAAGUUACCACAAGAACUAUCGCUUGGGUAGCAAACAGAGAAACACCUGUUUCCGAUAGAUUCACAUCUGAAUUGAAAAUCAUUGAAGGUAACUUAGUUUUGUUAAACGAGUCAAAAUCCCCAAUUUGGUCAACAGGACUCAAUUCUUCUUCCUCUUCUUCUUCUUCUUCUUCCAAUUCGAAUUCUGUAAUUGCUGUUCUUCUCGAUGAUGGAAACUUCGUAUUGCGAAAUGGGUCAAACUCAACUGAACCCAUUUGGCAAAGCUUCGAUUUUCCAGCUAAUACUUGGUUACCUGGUGCUAGAAUCUCGUACAAUAACAUAACAGGAAGAAAACAGCUUUUAACUUCAUGGAAAAGCAUGGAAGAUCCAGCAGAAGGAUUGUUUUCUUUAGAGCUUGAUCCAAUUGAGAAGCAGUAUUUGAUUAAAUGGAACAGAACAACACAAUAUUGGACGAGUGGACCAUGGAAUGGCCGAAUCUUUAGCGGAGUUCCUGAAAUGAGAUCGAAUUACAUCUACAAUUUCAGCUACGUUUCAAACAUAAACGAAAGUUAUUUCACUUACUCUUUGUAUAACCCUUCAAUCAUAUCAAGAUUCGUAAUGGAUGUUUCUGGUCAAAUUAGGCAAUUAUCAUGGCUAAACGCAACCCAACAAUGGAAUCUCUUUUGGUCUCAACCAAGAACACAAUGUGAAGUUUACGACUUUUGUGGCGCAUUUGGAUCAUGUAGACAAAGUGGUUUACCAUUUUGCAAUUGCUUAACAGGUUUCAAUCCCCGAUCACAAUCCGAUUGGGAUCUGAGCGAUUUUUCAGGUGGGUGUGUGAGAAAAACAGUCGUACAAUGCGGAAGAACAUCAGAAAAAUACGGGUUUCUCGAAAUUUCAUCUUCAAUCGCUCGAAAGCCACCGAAUUCGACUUCUUUACCUCUUUCAAGCUCAUCCGAAUGCAAGAACACAUGUUUGAAUAGCUGUUCUUGUAACGCAUACUCUUAUGAGAACAACGCAUGUUCGAUUUGGAAUGGAGAACUCUUGGAUCUUACAGAAAAUAGCAACGAGGUGAUGAUUUAUGUCAAAGUCGCUUCGAAAGAUCUUCCUAGUAACAAGAAAAACAAUGCGGUUAUCAUCGGUGGGGUUGUUGGGUCUAUUGUAGUUGUUGUCUUUAUCUUGGGUUUGGUUUUAUUUUUAAUUUAUAGAAGAAAAAUGAAAAAUCCCGGGAAAACAUCGGUUGAGGGGUCGUUGAUUUCGUUUGUGUAUCGGGAUUUACAAACCGCAACAAAAAAUUUCUCGGAAAAACUCGGAGGUGGUGGAUUUGGUUCGGUUUUUAAAGGUACACUGUCUGCAGAUAACAGUGACGUGGCAGUCAAAAAGCUGGAAAGUGUUAGUCAAGGAGAAAAGCAGUUUAGAACCGAAGUGAGUACAAUCGGGACAAUUCAACAUGUGAAUCUUGUACGUCUUCGUGGGUUUUGUUCGGAAGGUAGUUAUAAACUAUUGGUCUACGAUUACAUGCCAAAUGGAUCUCUAGACGCGCAUCUUUUUAAAGACGAAAAGUGUCUUAAUUGGAAAACAAGGUUUCAAAUUGCUCUAGGAAUAGCUCGAGGGUUGGUUUAUCUUCAUGAGAAAUGUCGCGAUUGUAUCAUUCAUUGUGAUAUAAAACCCGAAAACAUUCUUUUAGACAAUGAUUUGUGUCCAAAAGUUGCGGAUUUUGGUCUUGCGAAGCUUGUGGGGAGGGAUUUUAGUAGGGUUUUGACAACAAUGAGGGGGACACGAGGGUAUUUAGCACCCGAAUGGUUAUCGGGAGUUGCCAUUACAAUGAAAGCGGAUGUUUAUAGCUAUGGAAUGAUGGUUUUUGAGUUGGUAAGUGGGGUGCGUAAUUCGGAACAUUCUAGAAAGUUUUUUCCCAUGCAUGCGGCGAAUGUUCUUAUAGGGGGUCAUGAUGAUGUUCUUGGAUUAUUAGAUCCUAAAUUGAAUGGGGAAGCGAAUGUUGAAGAAGUUAUGAAACUUUGUAAAGUUGCUUGUUGGUGUAUACAAGAUGAUGAAGAAAGUCGUCCUGCAAUGAGUCAAGUUGAACAAAUUCUUGAAGGGGUUUUGGAUGUGAAUAUGCCUCCGAUGCCUCGAUCUUUACAAUUGUUUGUUGAUAAUGAAGGUAAUGAUGUUGUUUUCUACACCGAGUCAUCUUCGAGUCAGACUUCUCAAGCUCAAAGCAAUCCCUCGAGUGGUGUUUCUCAGGCUAAGAGUGAUUCCUCAUCUUGAAAGAAUCAUUGUAAGAUCAUAUUCAUAAAAGAAAAUCACGAAAAGAAAAAUGAACAAAAUGGCUAGAAGUUUUGAAUUGAAUUACUACCUUUUUUACUCUUUACACGAAAUUACCACAUAUUUCGCAAUGGGUUGGCUACAAAAUCUCAUUAAAAUCUUAAAGAAAAAGGAUUUUUUUUUGGUGAAAAAAAAGGUUUUGUAAGAUUUUUUUUAUGUGGCAAUAGAUCAUUCAAAGAUCCAUUUUACAAAAUAUGUGGUAAUUUUGUUGGAAAAAAGUUAAAAAGUUGAUAUUUUUUUUUGAAGUCCUACUUUCAUUUUGUUCAUUUUUGUGAUUUUCUCUAUCUAUAUACAAUAAAGAUGAUUCUUGUGACAAACACGUACCUUUGUGUGCAAGGUGUAUUUUGUAAUUUACGUGAGUCGAUUAAAUGGUUCCUCUCCCUCCAUUAUUUUUCUUUGUAGUUAUGUUAUGUAUAUAAGGGUAGGGAAGAUAUAUAAUGGUAAGUUCCAAUGUUUGGGUA